AGCACAUUUCACACGCCCCCGCCAACAACCGCAGGGAGGCAGCCUGGCAGCUACCUACUUGCCCCUUCCUUUGAUGUCUCCAUUUGCGACUCUCUCUCUCUCUCUCUCUCUCACUCCCAAGAUGACUCUCUCGUCUAAUCUAUAAAUCACAUCUCCGGAGCAACAUGUUUCCUUUUUCUCUUCUUUCUCCCUUCUUCACAACCCACAAAUCUUUCCUUUCUCCCGGCGAUCUUGCUCCCUCUCCGACCGCCACUGUCGCAAGAAAGUCUUCCCUUCUCUCACUCUCUCAGCUCGUUACCCACCAAGAGGUCUCUUUCUUGUGCUUUCCCAGAGCUUCCUUAGAUCUGAUUUUUCACUUCACAUUUCCGUCGUUAUUAUCCUCGAUUUUUUCUUCUUCUUCUUCUCAAGCAGAUGUGAUUAUUUACCAUCUUUCCUUUUUUUCCCCCCACUGUAUUUAAUGCAAUUGGAUCUUACGGAGUAAAUCAUUUUCUGAUCUACAUUCAUUAAAGCUUAAUCCAUAUGCAGAUUAUUUUGAUUUUUGAAUUUCCCAGGCUUCAAAGAUGGAAACUUUUCGUCAUUAAACUAGUAUAUUCACCAUUUUUAUAGGCCUCGUUCCAUUUCCUUAUUUUAUUUGCAAAAGUAUUGGUUAAUUACAUAUAUGAUGAUUGAUUUACUUUCCGUAUAUGGUAUUGUUAUAAUUAAAGUUGUGGUAAUUAAGUGAUUUCUGGUUCUACCCUUAAUUUGGAUUAGGCCAUAAAGAAUGAAGCUUUCCUUGUUAACUGGACGUCAUCCUUAUGAUUUUGUCAACUGAUUCUUUCCUGGUAUUACUAUUUGUUUCUAGCACUUUAUGAUCUCAGUAAUCUUGAUUCGCCUUAUAUAAGAGAAAAUGGUACUGGAGUAAGAUUUUGCACCAUUUUACAAUUUUCCAUGCACUAUAUUCAUUUUGUUUUUAAACCAAGUGCACUAUUUUCAUUGGAUACGCCAUAACCAGCCAAUUUGGUCGAUUUGGUUCCCACAUUUGGUACAAAUCCUGUUAGUCUUGUAUUGCAUCACACUUGGGUGUUUGACAAUACACGUUUAGUAUCUAGGCACAGAAUUGUGCAUAAGCAUAUGGUUUUUCCUCUCAUAAAGUGAUAUGAUACUGUUCAAUAACACAAUGUAGGACCCUGUAAGUCCUUUGACAAUCACUGGCACUCACAAAAUCGUUUUAAUAGUCUACACACUUGAGCAUUAUUGUGAUUUAAGUUUACAUUUGUGUAAAGAGUUUGAAUUAUAUUCCAAACUGGUCUGAGGGGAUAAUGGUUUUGUGAUGAUUUAUCAGAGUCUCCGUGAGUAUUGAACAAGUUAGAUUAUAUGAGUAUGGAUGGUCAUAUUACUAAAGAGUUUGGGCUGAAGAAUGUAAGCUCACACGGCUCCAUCCCGGAGAUGGAUGACUAUGAUCUUUCAAAGCUUCUUGACAAGCCAAGGCUGAAUAUAGAGCGGCAGAGAUCCUUUGAUGAGAGGUCACUCAGUGAAAUGUCGAUUGGCCUAGCUAGAGGUUUAGAUAAUUAUGAAUUGUCGUAUUCACCCAGCAGGUCAGGGUUGGACACCCCAGCUUCAUCCACCAGGAACUCGUUUGAACCUCAUCCAAUGGUUGCCGAGGCAUGGGAUUCUCUACGCCGGUCUUUGGUUUAUUUUAGGGGCCAACCAGUGGGAACAAUUGCUGCCAAUGAGCAUGGUUCUGAAGAGGUCCUAAAUUAUGAUCAGGUGUUUGUUCGUGAUUUUGUACCCAGUGCACUGGCCUUCCUAAUGAAUGGUGAGCCUGAAAUAGUUAAGAAUUUCCUGCUGAAAACACUUCUGCUUCAAGGUUGGGAAAAGAAAGUAGACAGAUUCAAGCUAGGUGAAGGGGUUAUGCCGGCCAGUUUCAAAGUUCUUCAUGAUCCGGUUCGUAAGGUCGAUACCGUCAUAGCUGACUUUGGUGAGAGUGCAAUUGGAAGGGUAGCUCCAGUUGACUCUGGGUUUUGGUGGAUAAUUCUUCUCCGUGCGUACACAAAAUCUACUGGAGAUACGACUCUUGCUGAAAGACCAGAGUGCCAAAAAGGAAUGAGGCUAAUACUUACUCUGUGCUUGUCAGAAGGAUUUGAUACAUUUCCUACAUUGCUUUGUGCUGAUGGAUGCUCAAUGAUUGAUAGAAGAAUGUUUCUGGGGUUGGAAAGUGUCGGCAGAAGAGGAUCUGCGAGGGCUUGGCGUGUAGCGACCCGUGUCAGUAGAGGACAACUGGAGAUGCUGAAGAAUCCAUCCAAGGCACUACUCGACAAAGGGAAUGAUCCCCCUCACAAGGCGACAAGGCAGCUCGAGGACGAAACCAGUCACCUCGCACCACAUCAGCAGCAUGCCCCCACGUGGGCGCACGUGGCCCUGUCUCCUUAGCCUAGUAUAAAUACUCAUGUAAACCUCAGAAAGGGGGAUCCGAAUUCAUUCUCUCUAAACUCCCUUGUAAAAGCACCCGUGCAUUCUCCGUUAUAAUAUAAAUCGGGCUACAGCUCUUCAAAUCAAGCUCAGGUCCACUUUUGUUCCAAAGUUUUCCAGUAAUGCUCUCCGCAAUACCUUCAGCCCUAAAACCUUUGUAUGGGAGUUGAAAAAUAUCAGCACAAUAGAAAACUAUAUGAAUGUUUUUAGAAUACUUCAACCAUUCCUCUUGUAUCUUAAGUAUAAGAGGCUGCCAACAAGCAUCAUCCAUAUAUGUCUUCAUCAUUAUAGAUAUCAAUAAAAAUUGGCCAAGAGCUAAAUGAGAAGUAUGAUAGUAAGUUCCUGAUAAGACCUUUGUAACAUCAUAAAACACCUUAAGAAUCUUGAGUAAAGUCUUUAUGUCCUU